CUCUCGGCUGCGGGCUACCCUCGCCAGCUCGUCCGUUGUGUACUGGCGUCUGCCGGGGCUCGGAUCCUCCCCGGAUCGAGGCAGGGCUGGACCCUUGGCCGGUGCGAUCUGAUUUGGACACUAGCUGUGGUUCUUUCGGCGAGCGCGAGCCCAGGCGAGGCUGGAGGUGCGCGCUUGCUCGGCAAGGUGGCUUUCAGAGGGCGCAGCGCGCUACCUCGGUAGAGGCGCACUGCUCUGGUGCUCUGGGUCCAGGUGCCUGCUGGCCACUGUCUAGGAAGGUGUGUGCAAGCCAGAGAAGCAUGAGGACGCUGGAAGACUCCUCAGGGACAGUCCUGCACCGCCUCAUCCAGGAGCAGCUGCGCUAUGGCAACCUGACAGAGACGCGCACACUGCUAGCCAUCCAGCAGCAGGCCCUGCGGGGUGGGGCUGGCGCUGGGGGCACGGGGAGCCCCCAGACCUCCCUGGAAAUCUUGGCACCCGAGGACAAUCAGGUGCUACAGCAGGCCACCAGGCAGGAGCCCCAGGGCCAGGAGCACCAGGGUGGUGAGACCCACCUGGCAGAGAACACCCUCUACCGGCUGUGCCCACAGCCCAGCAAGGGUGAGGAGCUGCCUACCUAUGAGGAGGCCAAAGCCCACUCGCAGUACUAUGCAGCCCAGCACGCAGGGCCACGGCCACACGUUGCAGAACGGGACCCUCGUGGGGCCCCAGGAGGCAGCCACCGGCAGGAUGAAGCCCUGCGGGAGCUGAGGCACGGGCAUGUGCGCUCGCUGAGUGAACGGCUCCUGCAGCUGUCCUUGGAGAGGAACGGUGCCCGCGUCCCCAACCACAUGAGCUCCUCUCACAGCUUCCCACAGCUGGCUCGCAGCCAGCAGGGCCCUCCACUCCGGGGUCCUCCUGCUGAGGCCCCAGAGUCCCGUGGACCCCCACCACAGUACCCACACGUUGUCCUGCCUCAUGAGACCGCUGCUGUUGCUGACCCAAGGUACCGCACCCGAGGCAGCCCGCACUUCCAGCAUGCUGAAGUCAGGAUCCUGCAGGCCCAGGUGCCUCCUGUGUUCCUCCAGCAGCAGCAGCAGUACCAGUACCUGCAGCAGCCCCAGGAGCACACUCUCCCCCCACAUCCGGCAGUUCUCAGUCAUGGCCCUCUGGGAGUGGAGGGACCCGCAAGUGCCCAGGCCUCCUUGGCCACCGUAGGGAGUGCCCACCUGACCCAGAUGGAGGCUGUGUUGAGAGAGAAUGCCAGGCUGCAGAGGGACAAUGAGAGGCUGCAGAGGGAGCUGGAGAGCUCGGCAGAAAAAGGGAGCCGCAUUGAAAAGCUGGAGAGUGAAAUCCAGCGGCUCUCUGAAGCCCAUGAGAGCCUGACAAGAGCCUCUUCCAAGCGCGAGGCCCUGGAGAAGACCAUGCGGAAUAAGAUGGACAGUGAAAUGAGGCGGUUGCAGGACUUCAACCGCGAUCUUCGAGAGAGAUUGGAAUCUGCAAACCGCCGCCUGGCAAGCAAGACACAGGAGGCCCAGGCGGGCAGUCAAGACAUGGUGGCCAAGCUGCUUGCUCAGAGCUACGAGCAGCAGCAGGAGCAGGAGAAGCUGGAGCGUGAGAUGGCCCUGCUGCGCGGUGGUAUUGAGGACCAGCGGCGACGGGCUGAGCUGCUGGAGCAGGCUCUGGGCAACGCACAGGCCCGCGCAGCACGGGCGGAGGAGGAGCUACGCAAGAAACAGGCCUAUGUGGAGAAGGUGGAGCGGCUGCAGCAGGCCCUGGGGCAGCUGCAGGCCGCCUGUGAGAAGCGAGAGCAGCUGGAGCUGCGUCUUCGGACCCGCCUGGAGCAGGAGCUGAAGGCCCUGCGUGCACAGCAGAGACAGGCGGGCACCCCCAGUGGGGGCAACAGCAAUGGUGGGUCCCCAGAGCUCAGUGCCCUUCGACUGUCAGAACAACUUCGGGAGAAGGAGGAGCAGAUCCUGGCGCUGGAGGCUGACAUGACCAAGUGGGAGCAGAAGUAUUUGGAGGAGCGCGCCAUGCGACAGUUUGCCAUGGAUGCAGCUGCCACUGCAGCCGCCCAGCGUGACACCACUCUCAUCCGACACUCCCCCCAGCCCUCGCCCAGCAGCAGCUUCAAUGAGGGACUACUCACCGGGGGUCACAGGCAUCAGGAGAUGGAAAGCAGGCUAAAGGUGCUCCAUGCCCAGAUCCUGGAGAAGGAUGCUGUGAUCAAGGUCCUUCAGCAGCGCUCCAGGAAGGACCCUGGCAAGGCUGCCCAGGGCUUCCUGCGGCCAGCCAAGUCGGUGCCAUCCAUCUUUCCAGCUGCGGCGGCAGGGACCCAGGGCUGGCAAGGACUCUCAUCACGUGAGCAGCAAGCAGAUUCACCUGCCCGGCUGAUGAUGGAGAGGACACCCAUGGAGGAGCCGGUGGCCGUGGCUCUCCUCCCUGCCCACUCCAAACACGGGAGCAGAGACGGAAGCACUCAGACCGAUGGCCCUGCAGAGAGCACCUCUGCUUACCUGGUGUCAGAGCCCGACAGCCUUCCGGGCUGCAGCAGUGGCCAGAGGGCAGCCUCUCUGGACUCUAUAGCUUCAUCCAGAGUCCAGGACUUGUCAGAUAUGGUGGAGAUACUGAUCUAAAGGAGGCGGUUCCUUGGGGACCCUGGAUCAUGCCCUCCCCUCCUCUGCCACUCGGCCAUUCCAGCAGCCCCCAACUGCAGCUUCCCUACUUUCCCCAGCCUUUGACCAUCCAGUCCCAGGAGCUCAGGAGGGAGUGCUGCAGGGGAGAGGUGCUGCUGAGAGACCAGCACCCCAGCAGAUUCCACUUAAGCUACAUUCCACCCGUGCCCAUGGAGAAUGCAGAUCCCCUCUAUACCUGCUGCUGGGAUAGCAAAAGAAAGCCCAGAAGGUGUCUGAGCGCCCUCUGCCCUGCCAGUCGCCAUUUAGGCAAGGAGGCAGAGGGGAUGUGUUGGCUUGGGCAGCUGAUUCCCAAGGAUGGUUGUCCAUGGGCACCAAGUUGGGUAGCCAGCCAUGGUUUUCUCUGGCUAAGUUUGUGUCUAGCCAACCUCAUCUGUUCUUCAGCUCCUCACUGCCUUCUUGGGAACACAAGACUUGAAUCUUUUAGGGACUGUCGAGGGUGUGAAUCUUGCAGAAGUCACAGCUUCACUCCUCAUUUGGAAUAGGUUGGGGGCCAUUCAAGUGGACUGGGGGACAAUGUGUGGUUUGUAUAUAAUUCCCUUUCUUAUGGAACAGAAGACUGCAGCAUCUUGGUCCAGGUUGGUCUUCAUGGGCUGUGCUCAUUGUCUCUGCUACCAUGGUUCCCAAAAUUUCUGACUGGCUUCCCAGUUACUCUUCCUUCUCAAGUUCUUGGUCCGUGGAGUUGGAUGUAGGCUGAUACACAGGGUGUUGGUUCUUUUUGUCCAUCAGACCCUGUCUUAAAUGCCUAGAGGAUCUCCAGCCUUUUGAAGCUUCUGUCCCUGGGACAUCCUGUCAUUUUGAUUAUAAACUCUGAGCCAGAUGAAAUGAGCCACCAUACACAGACAUCUGCGACGCCCACCUGUGCACAUGGGUGACCUUGCCCAGCACUAGUUCUCUCUGAGGAAACUGGAGAAGUUGUCUUGUUCUCAUAAAUGUCUUUGUUCCCACCUGGAGGGUCUGGAACACUGAUGUUGAAAACUAGUCAAUGAGACAAGAUGUCAAUUGUCCUCUGAGUGGAGUCUGUAUCACAAAGUAGCCCCGUGAGGCUGGCUCCUCAAGCUACCCAUCCCCAGCCCGGAACCCAGGCCAGACCCUUGGAACUAAGGUGAUCCCACCUGGCAGCCUACAGCAGCAGUGACUUUGACUUCUGGUCUUAAAGUGCCCCAGUUAAGCCCAGGAGCAAUUGGUGGGUUUUAGCAGCUUUGUCCUUACUAUUUCUAGUUUUUCUCAACUCUUUGUUGUUGUGUUUUUUUCUUCACUGUUUUUAGAUUCAAUAUGUGUUGUUUUAUUCCCAUGGUUCCCUGAAUUUCCUUUUUAAACAUUUGCAUUUGCUGGCCAAUUGCAUAUUUUUUUAAAUUCCCCCUACCUCUGUUUAAAGCUGAAAAAUACACUUGGUUCAUGUGCAUUGUUUACAAAGCAAAAAAGGAAAAAAAAAGGCAAAAAAAUAUUGUGAAAGGUAAAAAAAAAAAAAAAACAACUUAAUAUAUUUUGGAUUAAUAUUUGGUAUUUCUUUUAAAGUAUUUUUUGUGCUGUGAACGUUUUCUGCCAAAGACCAUGAUGUGUGUCUAUGUGUUUAAGUUAUCAUAAAUAUUUAAAAUGUAAACAUGGCUGUUUUAUUAUGCCACCCUGUACCAGGAUUGCUGCUGCAUUCCACUGGGUAUAACAGUAUUUUAAUAAAAAAAAUUAUUAAGA